AUGGUAGAUAAGGGCACACAAGAUGUGAUCAUCGUUGGAGCUGGUGUAGCUGGUUCUGCUCUAGCUCACACUCUUGGAAAGGAUGGACUCCAAGUGCAUCUGAUAGAAAGAAACCUUUCAGAGCCUAACAGGAUUGCUGGUGAACUGCUACAGCCAGGAGGUUAUCAUAAACUGAUUGAAUUAGGGCUUCAGGGUAAGCAGGCAAACUCAACAAACAAUCCUAUUGUUGAUAGGCGAAGCUCAAAUCUGCUUAAUGUGUUAGAUGAUGAAGAUGAUGUUGUUGUUGUUGUCAAUGAUGUUGAUGUUGUAGUUGAUGAGUUCUUUGUAAAAAUGGAGCAAGGUACAGUAACAUCCCUGAUUGAAGAGAGAGGGACAAUUAAAGGAGUGGAAUACAAGACCCAGACUGGUCAGCUAUUUAGAUCAUAUGCUCCCCUCACUAUUGUCUGUGAUGGUUGUUUCUCAAAUCUCCGACGCUUUCUUUGCAAACCAAAGGUGGAUAUGAUCUCUUAUUUUAUUGGCUUGAUUAUGGAGUGUGAGCUUCCGUACCCAAACCAUGCAAAUCUUGUUCUGGAUGGCCCUACAAUCAUGUGGUUUUAUCCUAUCAGUAGUACUGAGGUUCGUUGCUUGAUUGAUUUUCCAACUCCAGGAACACUACCUUCCAUUUCCAAUGGUGAAAUGGCUCCCUACUUGAAAACCGUGGUGGCUCCCCAGAUUCCACCAGAACUGUACAAUGCCUUCAUUUUAUCUGUUGACAAAGGAGAGAUAAGAACAAUGCCAAUUAAUUUGAUGCCGGCAACACCAUAUCUCAUUCCAGGUGCCGUGUUCCUGGGUGACGCAUUGAACAUGCGCCAUGCAGGAACUGGAUCUGAAAUGAUGGUGGCUCUUCACGAUAUCGUUCUCUUUCGGAAUCUUCUUAGGCCUCUACAAAAGCAGUUGACUGAUACUGCUUAG